UAUCUCUUUAUAAGGAGGAAAGUAGAUCUUGGGUUGUAGACCGCUCUCGGAUACGUUAUUUAAAAAAUACAUCAGUUUUGUGUGAAAAUGCACGACUGCAAGACUGAUAUUGCGUGAUAUUCUAUUAAAUAUCUGCAGCCUUUGUGAAUUGAAGGCGGAUACCGACGACAUUUUACGCGAUUAUGGUGUGAACUACAUGACAUGGCGGAGUAAUAACGAAUGCUCUCUUCGAUUUUCCCUUUUUUUGAGAAAGUGCUCUGAGUUUUGGAAAUAGAGGAGGUUGAGCUAAACUGAAUCUGGCUGAAAGGUCUCAGGGGCAGCAUCACUUUUGAAAGUUUGCUUUAGUGGUUUCAAACAGAUGACAAUUUUGCAAUGUCCGCAAUUUCGUUGUUUGUUUACCUUUUUGGUGGUUGGGUUGUAUMAACUGUGCUGUAAUUUUUACUGACCCGCGCUCCAGCAGUGGGCUGACGAUUUCAGGGACCGGGUCCUCUAACUAGAAUGCUACCAAGCCAGGCUGGAUCAGCACAAUCUGGAAACGGGUCAGCGUCUUCCAGGGCUAACACAGGUCACGGUUCUGGGGUGAUUGGGAUUCGCCCUGUGUUGGUCAGAGCAAGGCAAUCGAAAACUCGGGUCAGCGACAGUAUCAGUGCGGUUGGGAUGUUGGGGGGCAACAGUCCAGGGGUGGGUGCAAGAGGUGGGGCGAGACCAGGGAACGGGACGGGACCGACAAUUCCACAGACCGCUGCUCAGGGAGGCAUCGGUCUGAACAUGGGAAUUGGGGUUCGCGGAGGCAGCCGGUACGACCCGGACAAAGAGUGUGCUCCAAUGGGGUGCAGUGGGUCGGACGCUGAUUCUGACUCGGGGGAUGAUGACGAUCCGAUGGGUUCAAUUGGGGACAACAGAAGAAGUGUAAAGCGGGAGAGACUGGAGAUGGAGGCUACGGAGACAGGGCAGGGGGCCGGGAUACAGUCGGGGGGUUAUGGUGUGGUCCCCCAAGGUGUUGCUGGCGCAAAGCCAGGGAAGAAGACACGUGGGCGCGUGAAGAUAAAAAUGGAAUUCAUCGACAACAAAUUGAGGCGAUACACCACUUUUAGCAAGAGGAAGACCGGUAUAAUGAAGAAGGCCUAUGAGCUUUCCACGUUGACAGGAACCAGGUCCUGCUACUGGUGGCCAGCGGAGACGGGCCAUGUCUACACCUUUGCCACGCGGAAGCUCCAGCCCAUGAUCACCAGCGAGACGGGCAAGGCCCUCAUCCAGACGUGCCUCAAUUCUCCAGACUCGCCCCCCCGCAACGACCCCUCCACUGACCAGCGUAUGAGCGCCACAGGCUUCGAGGAGACGGACCUUACCUACCAGGUGUCUGAGUCGGAGAGCCUUGGGGAGACCAAGGACCAGCUAAAGCCUGCGUUUACAGUGGCCAGCCUCCCGGGCACCACCAGUACCCACGCACCUACGGCCCCCACCACAUCCACCACCAUGCAGGUUAGCAGCGGGCCCUCCUUCCCCAUCACCAACUACCUGGCACCCAUCUCCGCUAGCAGCAACGUCAACGGCACAGUCCUCAAGACCACCGGUGCCUCCGGAGGGCAGGUCAUGCAGCUGCCCAGCGGCUUUACCUUCAUGUCAGCAGGCACUCCUCUCCCUCCCGGCACCCCCACCAUUCCGCUCAGCCAGCUGCACCAGCACUCCCUGGCCAUCUCGGGACAGCGGGGCCAGAAGCUCACCGCAUCACAACUGACACAGCAGGGCCAGCAGGCCGUCUUCCGAUUCCCCGCUGCAGUCUCCCUAGGGGGAGGGAUGACCCAGCAGCUGCAGGCCAUCCAGGUGCACCCCACCACACACACCAACGACAGCAGCUCGGAGAUCUCCCAGACCUCGACUGUCUCCUCUGCGACCAUUGUCACGUCGUCUGUGCCCACGUCCAUGGCGGGGCACAUGAUGUACACCAGCCCCCACACAGUGAUGUACGCGUCCAGCCCCUCGGCCAUGCAGGUGUCCCACGGACAGGGCCAGGACACAGGUGAGACCACGCUUGACUACAGUAGGCUACGCUGGGACACAGGUGCUGUCCCUCAGGUAUUCCUUACGGCACCCUCAGGCACCAUGCAGAUCCCUGUUUCUGCAGUGCAGCUACACCCAGUACGGCAAGACCUACAUUUUACAAAUGGUGAUUGGUCAGCAGUUGAGCAGCAGCAGCAGUAACCUGACAGAGCUGCAGGUGGUCAACCUGGACACCACACAGAACACUAAGAACGACUGACAGACACACUGAGGCCCAGGGAAACUGGCCAGACAUCUCUAUUUAUUGAUGCCUUUCAUCAGCAUUUCAUUUUACAGCUCUGUGUGUCGCAUUUACAUUACAAUUCUGUAAGUAUGCACACGCAUGGAAGGGUAUGUGCGUCGCUAAGCUUUGUAUGUGAGUCGAUGUUUGAAAAUACGUAUGUAUUCAUUCACUAAAGCAUAGAAAGGAAUUGAGAUAUUCACUAAAUCCUCCUUUUGGAAUACCUUGUCUAUAGUAUAAUUUUUUUGGGGGGGGUGGGGGUCUGUAAUUAUUUGUCAAGUGCACAUGAUGCAGGUGCUGCAGCUCCACACGUCAGCCAAAGAGACAUUCACGUGUGUGAAUGUUUGUGUGUGUGUGUGUGUAUAUAUAUAUAUAUAUAUAUAAUGUAUGUAUGCAAACGUGGGAUUUAUAAAUGGGAAGGGUAUGGUGGCUUUGAGGUUAUAAAGACAUUUGUAAAUGUACAUAAUUAUUUUUUAAUUGAAUCAAAUUGUAUUUUCGGCCUGUUUGUGCGAUGGCAUAUAGUUUUGUAUAUGCAAGUCAUUUGCAUAUAGAAUAAAUUAAUUAUUUAUACACUAUGUACACCCGCUCUUUCAUGACAUACACUGACCAGGGGAAUCCAGGUGAAAGCUAUGAUCCCUUAAUGAUGUCACAUCCACUUCAAUCAGUGUA